AAAGAAAAAGAGAGUUUGUCGAUAAUACAACCAAGCUAGGUUACAGUUGCUAUGAACCUUCAGUUCAAAGACACCGAUGUGGCUGAUACAGUCGAGAAACUUAAGCGGAAAUAUUUGGAAAGGAGGAAACAGUUGCCACCGUCUGAAGACAUUACUUCAGGAACCAGAGAUGAGGCAGCCAGGAGAUCCACACAGCCAAGGAAAGAGCUUAAAUGUUACAGCAAAGCUUUAGAUGAGUUGUUCAGAGCAGUUGCCAGCCAUCCUGACCAGUUUGGCAGUGAUCGUAGUCUAAAUGGCAGUAAUGAGGACCUGAGUGGGGACUCUACAGCGGCCCCUCUUCAGGACUCUCAGCUGCUGUUUACAGAAACAGAUGUGACCUUGCCUUCCUGUCUGGAUGGUAGCCCUGGGUCCCCAGAAAGUGAGACCGAUGGGAAGGUGCAGAGAGCUUGCCAACUCCCUGACUCGUGCCGUUCCUCUUCUUUAGUACUAGCAACGGUGUACCAGGAGAUGAUGACCAUCUACGAGCAACUAAGGGCAGAACGAAAGAGCCAGCAGCAGUGGGAGAAGAAGCUGCAGGAGCGAGAGAGGAGGCUGAAGCAACAGGAGGAGGCCUUUGGGAGGCUGGCCGGACUUGAGGAGAUGCUACACACUCAGAUAAUAGCUGUAGAAGAGAAACACCACCAGGAGGUGAGCCAGCUGCAGGAUCUUCUUCGAGAGAGGAGCAAGGAGAACAGGAGGCUCAAGUCCAGCUUCGACACAAUCAAGGAGCUGAAUGACAACAUGAAGAAACAGUUGAAUGGGAUCAGUGAACAGAAUAAGAAGUUAGAGAGCCAGUCGAAGAGGAUGCAGGCCCGACUUGAGAACCUGCAGAGGAAGUACGAGCACAGCGUAGCAUCGAGAGGCUGUCAGAAAAUGAGUGUUAAGAGCACUGAGUGUGUCAAACCAUCCAAAAAGGAGAAAACUGCUGUCUCUGGAAAACCCACACACAAGGGCAGCACCAGUCCCACCUCACUAAAGCUCCUGGCCCUUCUCCUGGACUGGGUACUUGAUAGACCUACGUUCUCCUCAGUUGCAGGAAACAAAGGGAAAGGCGUCAGCCAUUGUCUGCCUCCAGAGGUCUUACUCAACGAGAGAUGCCUUAAGGUGCUGCCGUUGUUAGCAGAUCAGCUUCAUCACAAUCCUUUGACAGAACCUGAACUCCUCCUCAAUCUUCUUCGCCUCGUCCACUGGGCUUUGAGACACAUGGACAGCAGUACACAGCAUGUAGCACUAUCUGCCACUGUGCGGCGGAUAGGAGAGGAAGUAUCGAGGCUCCCAGCCCAGUCGACAGUGGCUCAGUCUGAAGAUCCAGACCUGCCAAAGUUCUGCAGUGGGGAGGCAAGUGGACCCUACAGGAGCUGGCCUACUUACCGAAGCCCCUGUCCUCACACACGCAUCCUCUCCACCCUCAUCAUCCUCCGCACUGUCACACAAGCUGACGUGCUGGCCCAGGCUCUGGACAGUCUCCACACCGAGCUGACGUCUGAGGAGAGCCGAGGCCUGUUCAUCCACUAUGGAGGAGUGUGUGCGCUGCUGUCGGUGCUUCGGGCUGGCCGUGGAGGUCUGCACACACCUGUAGAUAUCCUGAUGCAGCUAACGGAACAAUCCCGUUACUUAAAUCCAUUCCUGGAGGCGUGUAGCUGUGAGGAGUUUUUCCGAGCGACCUCCCAGCUUCUUAAAAACCCUCGCCUGGAGCUCCCGUCGCUGGAGAAGCUCUCCAUCCUACUCCAGAAGCUCUCCAGCGUCAGGAAGAACCGUCGUCUGUUUGAACUUUCCUCCCUCCACCUCCAGAUACAGGAACUUAAUCAGAAAACCAACCCCACGCACACCUUCCUGUGCCUCAACCUCAGGUCCAUCCUUCAGAACCUUAAAUAACACACUCACUCACAUGUGUUUCUCUGCCUCAUGCUGGAUUCAAGGUCUCUUUAAAAAUUCUCAAACUACCCUGUUACGAUAAAGAUGACUUGCCUUGUAUUUCAGUACUCCAGCACGUUGGUUGGACCGUUCUCAGACUGUAAUUACCAUAUUUCCAACUGUACAGUACUUCAAGGCUCCAUCCUGCUUUACCUCAAAUAACAUAUGCAGACGCACAUUCCUUAUUUAUUUAGUGAUAUGUUUUUGAAGUUCUUUUGAAGCUCUUGUCUGUCAGAAGAACUUUUUUUUUUUACUGUUGUGUAUGUUUUGUGACCCGUCUGUUUUUAUGUUCCCCAAUGUUAAUCUGAUGUCUUGUCUUCUGUUCUUUCUGUGAUGGGCCCCCGCCCCCAUUUUUUUUUCUUUUUUUCUUUUUCCUUUUUUCUAAAUGAGUGUCAUGCUUGCCAAGUGGCCUUAAUGGCUGUCUGAUGUGCUCAGAGGAAGAGAGGCUGUGACUGUGAAGCUUUUUAAUGACAAUAAACAAAAAGAACUGAAGGAAAUUAA